UUCCGUCUCCGGCGGUGGCUGUGGCGGCACAUCCUAAAGCAAUGGCGGCAGGUGGAAGCGAUCCUCGGGCUGGCGACGUAGAAGAAGACGCUUCCCAGCUCAUCUUUCCCAAAGAGUUUGAGACAGCCGAGACUCUGUUGAACUCUGAAGUCCACAUGCUUCUGGAGCAUCGAAAGCAGCAGAACGAGAGCGCGGAGGACGAGCAGGAGCUGUCGGAGGUCUUCAUGAAAACCCUGAACUACACAGCCCGCUUCAGCCGCUUCAAAAACAGAGAGACCAUUGCCAGUGUGCGUAGCCUGGAAGGGCGUUUUGAAGAUGAGGAGCUGCAGCAGAUUCUCGAUGACAUCCAGACAAAGCGCAGCUUCCAGUACUGAUCACCAGACGUCACUCUGCUCCGUGAGACAGCUCCAGACAGCACCACAGAACCCUGGGGAGGCCUCAGGCAGGAAUGUUGCUUCAGAAGACACCGGGACUUCUUUCGUAGUUUCUGCUUCACUGAGAGAGAGAGUGUCUCUCCAGUUCUCAAAGUCAUAACAGUCCUCCUGCCUCAGCCUCCCAGGUGCUGGGAUUACAGGUGUGAGCCACCACUUAACGCCUUGGCUUUGGAGAGGAAAGAAAGGCUGGCUGUUGAUGCUGUAGGCGCUAUUUUCACAGUGACUGUUAGACCAUAAAGACCAUUUGCUCUCCUUGCAGCCUUUUAAGGGCUGCUAUGGUCAAGCAGGCUGCGUGCGAUCCUGAACUGGUGAGGUAGAAUGAUGUUAAAACAUUCGUUGACUACUUCACACCGUGGUAUUUUGGACCCCAUGUAAUUAUUUUUUGUUCUUGACAUUUCAGAUUUUAAUGUCAAUUAUUUUGUAGUUUUUGAAGCUAAAGUGAUAUAUAAAAAACUUGUAUAGGGAAGGAGUGUUUUCACUUGGUUGUAAAGGGGAGAGAUAAACCAGAACACUGUCAUUAUUUGAUUGUUUUUUUUUUUUUUUUUUUUUUUAACAUCAUGGAAGUUUUAUUUAGAUGUGGAUUUUGAACUAUCAAUACAGAUGCCAAGUUACUACAC